ACUCACUACCUACUCGCGUUGUCGCUCGUGUCACGACUCACGAUUCUCGCUUAGUCCUGUCACAAGUAUACUUCCUACGGGCACUUACGCUGAAACAUUUAAAUCCUCAGAGAUUCAUCUCUUCUUUUAAACUUUUUAAAGAUAAAAUAAUAGACGAAAAUGUGUGACGAAGAAGUAGCUGCUUUGGUUGUUGACAAUGGAUCCGGUAUGUGCAAAGCCGGAUUUGCCGGUGAUGAUGCACCCCGUGCUGUAUUUCCCUCAAUUGUGGGAAGGCCAAGACAUCAAGGUGUCAUGGUUGGUAUGGGACAAAAAGACUCAUACGUAGGAGAUGAAGCCCAAUCAAAGAGAGGUAUCCUUACUCUCAAAUACCCAAUUGAACACGGUAUCGUUACCAACUGGGAUGACAUGGAAAAAAUUUGGCAUCACACUUUCUACAAUGAACUCCGAGUUGCACCUGAAGAACAUCCAGUACUCCUUACUGAGGCUCCUUUGAAUCCAAAAGCUAAUCGUGAGAAGAUGACGCAGAUUAUGUUUGAAACUUUCAACACACCUGCUAUGUACGUCGCUAUCCAAGCUGUGCUUUCUCUCUACGCUUCUGGUCGUACUACUGGUAUCGUUCUUGAUUCCGGAGAUGGUGUUUCUCACACAGUACCUAUUUACGAGGGUUACGCUCUACCUCACGCUAUCCUUCGUCUCGACUUGGCUGGUCGUGAUCUCACCGAUUACCUUAUGAAGAUCCUCACUGAGAGAGGAUACUCUUUCACCACCACUGCCGAGCGUGAAAUCGUUCGUGACAUCAAAGAAAAACUUUGCUACGUUGCUCUUGACUUUGAACAAGAAAUGGCCACCGCUGCAUCAUCAUCAAGCUUGGAAAAGAGCUACGAACUUCCUGAUGGACAGGUCAUCACCAUCGGAAACGAGAGAUUCCGUUGCCCAGAGGCUCUCUUCCAGCCAAGCUUCUUGGGUAUGGAAGCCUGUGGUAUCCAUGAAACUACAUACAACUCAAUCAUGAAGUGUGAUGUUGAUAUCCGUAAGGACUUGUACGCCAACACCGUUCUCUCGGGUGGUACCACCAUGUACCCAGGAAUUGCCGACAGAAUGCAAAAAGAAAUUACUGCCCUUGCCCCAUCAACCAUGAAAAUUAAGAUAAUUGCUCCACCAGAAAGAAAAUACUCCGUAUGGAUUGGAGGUUCUAUUCUUGCUUCAUUGUCUACCUUCCAACAGAUGUGGAUCUCAAAACAAGAAUAUGACGAAUCUGGACCAUCAAUUGUCCACAGAAAGUGCUUCUAAGCGUACUAAUCAACAACAAUGCACUUAAACACUUACCAACAACAUAAAUUUAUUACUACAUACUGUCAUCAUUAAUCAUCAUUUGUCCGAAUCCCACAUCAAUACGGUUGGUAGUCAAAUUCAGGAGGAGAGAAAAAGAUAAAAAAAAAAAAAAAAGUAGAGAGAGUUUGCAUAUUCUCUCAUUUAUUAUUUCCCUAUAUCUUAACACCUCACUAAAUAAUUUUAUUUUUUCAUACAGUUUAUUUAUAAUGAUAGGUUUUCACGCAUUUCUACUACCUCCUGCCCUCAUCUCCGCGAUUAUUAUUUAAUAUUAAUGUGUAAUAAUAAUUAUUAUUAUUUAAUAUUAUAAUUAUCAUUGAGGUGAAGAUUUUUUGACUUUAUGAUGAAAAAAAAAAAAAAAAAUAAUAAUAAUUGUAACUACAUUCCAUAAGACUUAUCUCGUUAUUCGAGUGUGCUUCAUUCCUAGCGACGACAGGGCCUCAUGAUUUUUACUAUUAAUCUAUUGCUAAUUAAUGUUUAUUUCAUGCAUAUAUAUAUAAAUAUAUAUAUUAGUAUUAUAAUUAAGAUGCACUGAUAGGUAAAAAAAAAAAAAAAAAAAAAAUGAAAAAAAUAAAAAUAAAAAAAAGUAAAUAAUAAUCAAGUUUUUUUGUAUAUCAAGUUGGGCAGUGAAAUUCCAAAAAAUAAACUAACAGCUCAAACUAUUUAUAAUAAGCUGAGGUGAAGAAUACGGGAAGUAAUUAAGAGAGAGAGACAGAGGCAGUUUUAAGAGAGAGAGAGAGAGAGAGAGAGAAGUGAAAGCAUUAAAGACACAAUUGACGCCCUAAAUGCGUAGCCAAAGUAUUAUAAUUUAUUCCCAUUAUAUUGUGCAAGUUUACUCACGUACAUAAUUUAAAGAUUACUCUAGGCUUAUGGGAUAGUAAAACAAAGUCUUUGGAAUAAUAAUAAUAAUAAUUAAUAAUAAUAAUGAUAACAAUAAAAACAAAACAAAUAAAUUUAAUCGACUGGAAACGAUA